UCCAAUUUGCAAGCAAAUAUACUUUACAAAAAAUCAGAAUACAAAUAAGUGCUGUACAUUCAACAAUGGACCACUAUGAGAGCUUUAGGGCCGGCUUUGUUAUAUUGUAUGUUUCACCUUCAACAGAGAUAACAAUCGACCAAUAUUUUGGAAUCUCCUUUAACACAUACAAUAUUCAUCGUUCAUUGAUAGUCUAUUAUAGCAUUUUUUUCCAUUUUAGUCUACACGAGCAACAAAAUAUGAACGAGUGUCCCACUUGUUUGUUCCCAAAGGAAAGACAAAUCUAUUACGGUAUGUAUUUAUGUGAAUGGAGAACUCACAAGAAUGUCUAUUUCCUGUAAAUGAAUAAGAUUUUGCGUAGCUAGUUAAACGACAAAUAUAAAGCAGAUGAUAAAUUUUUUAAUGAAAUUAUUUUGUCAAUAUGAGAUAGAAUUGAACUGUAACAUUCAAAAUGUCGAUUUACUAACAGCUUGCUACAUUUGCAUGACACUAUUAUAUUUAAAUAUAUUUUAGAACAGAACCCUUCAAACAAUUUAAGACGGUCUUGGAAUUAUUAUAUGAAUACUUUAUGGUGUAAAUUAAAUCACUACUAUUAUGUUGAUAAAUAGACGGUCGAAAAGCAAUCAAUGUGGCCAUUGUCCACACAUUUUAAAUUCAACAAACGGCGGCAUAACCAAUCUCAUGUCCCUAUAAAUACAGUAUCUUGGGGGCAUUCUUACUCCAUAUUUCCAGCACAACUACUCAUAUAUACAAACUCCUAUAAACCUUAGUUCUAUUUCCUAAAAAAAAAAAUGAAGCUAUUGGCUGUCAUUGUGACCAAUAUCAUCAUCUUGAUAAUAUUUGACCAAGCACCGAUCACCACUGAAGCAAGAAAGUUGAGGAAAACAAUCGGCCAAGACCAUUUCAAAGCUGGAUCUACGGGUCAAUUUGUGCGUGCUUCUCCAGGAAACAAACCUGGCAUAGGACAUAAAAAAGAUAAUGCAAAUGUUGAAGGGUUUCAAGGUGACUUCAAGCCCACGGAAGGAAGAAAGUUGCAGAAAACUAACGGUAAAGAUAAUUUCAAACCCGGGGUUACAGACGAUUUUGCACCCACUGCUCCAGGAAACAGUCCAGGGGUGGGGCAUAAGAAAGCGCAUGCAAAUGUUAAGGGGUUUAAAGAUGACUUCAAGCCCAAGGAAGGGAAAAUGUUUGAGAAAAUGAACGAUCAAUAUCAUUUAAAAACCGGAACUACCGACGACUUCGCACCUACUUCUCCGGGAAACAGUCCCGGUAUGGGUCAUAAGAAAGGAGAUGACUUCAAGCCUACGACACCAGGACACAGCCCCGGAAUUGGCCAUGCCGUCAAGAAUGAUGAGCCUAAAGCUUAACUGUAUCUUCAUUUUAUACAUUAUUUUACGAUACUAUUUUAAAUUUGCUAGAAGAUUAUUAAUAUUGUGAUGGAUUCAUAAUUCUAGAUCAUGAACAAAAAUACGGUUAUUAAUUGUUUCUUAAAAUCUAAAUUAUAUUGAUAUUGUAUGCGUUUAUAAUAUGUUGAUAUUGUAGUUUUUUACAGCGUGUUGAUAUUAUAAUUGAUAAUGAAUAUUUAGUAAUUGUUAUAUCCGACGUAAUGUUGGUAUAGAAUAAUAUUUUUGCCACCAUGGUAGAUAUAUACUUCAACGGUACGUGAAAUGAAGGCCUUGACUGCUGAGAUAUUCGAAAACAAUGAAUUGUAGAAGAUUAGUAUUAUUAGCACGUCCAUCUUGUUAUACACACUUAAAUAGGAGUUUAAACAGGGUCAACAAAGCUAUAAUAAAUGGAUGGUCUAAAGAUUUUCAAAUUGGGGAAACGAACUGCUCUUUGGCAUAAUAUAGAUUAAAUAUAUUUCUUUUGAAAAUAUAUACCAUUUUGGUUUAAGAAAACAACACAUUCGUAGCAGAAGUGAGCAUGUAUCUUUAGGCCUAAUCUGACUUCUAAAUUUUGCAGUUAUUUUGUUAAUUUUUGUUGCCGUGGCCAAGAAGUUGGUGCAUCAUAUAUGAUAUGUACUUGUACUUGUACAUUUUUCUGUUUGAUUUUUUUAUAGUGCUUGUGCUGUUGUGCAGUAAUCUCACGAUGGGGGAGACUUAGAAAGACAUCUUAAAAAGUAAAAUCAUAAUUAUAAGCCAUAGUUAUCGAAACUUUGUUUGAACGGGAUUCAGUCGACUAAGAUGAAAGAAGUCAGAAAUGGGAUGACUAAAGACAUUUUAUUUAGAUUUAGUCUGAAGGGCUGCAAGAGUGACAGGAAAAUAAAAGAGCAACAAGAUCGAAGAGUAACAAGAUCAGAGAGAUCGCCUAAAAACCCUAGAUCUAGCCACUUGGUCUGUUCAAUGGUCCAAAAGUCCUCUCCUUCUUGCUUCCCUUUCACCUUUUAUAGGACUCCUGCCCUUGAUGCC